UCAAACAGUCGCAUAAAAUCAGUAUGAUCGAGAAAGCAGAAAAAUAAAAGUUCCCACUUUUACACGUAAUUUUUUCGAGGUUUUCUCCGGAAUUAUGCACCGGAAGUAGGUGAAAUUUGGUGCAAAGUGUGCGGCAGAGUUGUUGGAACCGAAUUAAUGUGAAAGAGUCUGGAAUAGAGCGCAAACAUGGAAAUUAUUCCCAAUUCUUACAUCGCUCGAGUUGUUUUGGCCUAUUUGUACGAGGAAAAGUUGAACCAGGCGGCUCAAGAGUUCUGCAAAGCCAGUCCAUACCUGAAAGAGGAGCGAGAAUUUCUGAAGCGAGGUUUCCGACCCGUCCGCUGCAUCAGCUUGAAGCUUUCCGAUGUCUUCCGAGAGUAUGGGGAAAUUCAAGUCAAAUUGGACAACUUUACGGAGAAAUGUGGACAGGAUUUUCCCAUCCCCAGUGAUUUGUCACUGGCCAAGAAGGUUGAUUUGUUGCUCUCGUUCUUGAAGAAAAAGCGUCCGGUGAAACAGGAUGAUCCUGAAGUGAGGCAACAUCGUCUACUGGGAACAGUUAACAGAAGGAAACGGAAAAUUCCGUCUCCACAUCCUUCACUAUCCAGUAGUACACCGGAAACAUCGGAACCAAAACAGAAACGAAUCUGUAUCAAUCAACCUCAAUCGUAUAUCGUAUUGAAUGAAUCUGCCGGUAGCAAUGGCAAGAAUCUUUCGAAUUUAAGUCAGAUUUCACCGAUCGGUGAUGGUGGCGAGAGCCCGGAUUCAGUUGGAGAAACCGACGAUAAAGAGGAACCGGAAGUGGAAGCCGAUGUAUUGGAUAAUGAAGAAGAAGACAUUAACGUGGCCGCUUUUCCAUCGAUCGAUUUAUUUUCGCAAACAAUUUUGGAAAAUGGUUCAUACACGGAAAAAAUCGCAAAUUUAAUCAACAAGGAGCGAGAAACUUCCUUCAGCAACCAACAGCAGCAGAUUUUGGGUGCAUCAGGUUCCGAUCCGAAAGAAGGAUCAAGUGCCGGUACAGAUAAUACCCCGGAAAUGUCUACACAAGACAAUCAGACUCUCAAUUUCAAUUUCGAGGAACUGAUUGCCAACAUAGUCAACAGCGCAGUCAAGGAUCCGGUUUUCGACGAUAUUAUAGACGAUAUCAGCAGUAAGGCGGCCAAGACGCAGAUCGGAAAAGAAAGUGAAGAUACGGAAACAACUCCACCCCCAGAAACUCCUCUGAAGGAAAGGUUAAGAAAACCUGGUCUGAAAACAAACAAUAAUGUGGUUCCUAUAUCGGAGAAAAAGUCAGCAAAGAAAGUGAAAAUCAUUUCUGAUGUUCCUUAUUAUGGAGCUAUACCAGAGGCAGUUAAAGUUGCUCAACCGCAACCUGAACUAGAAGUUGCAGCGGCCUUACCGUCAGUCGUUCAGUCGGAAGUUACUUCUACUGCUGAUCAACCGUCAGCAUUUUCGACUAGUACCACACAAUUUUACGUCAUCCAACCGGAUAACACUACAAAACUAGUAGACAUCAAUCAACUGCCAUUUCCGACCCAGCAAGCUCCUAUGGAGCAACAGGUUCCAAGCACAGUAGUUCAAAUUCCGGAUGCAGAAAUUUCAGAAAAAUUUUACUACAUCAACAUACCCAACUGUUAUCUGCAGCAAGACAAUCAUCAGUUUUUGAUCAACGGUCAACCAGUCGUGCUCAAUAACUACACAACUGCGUUUCCUGUAGAUCCGACUGUACCUGCUUCUGCAAUUUCUGCGGUUCCUGCUUUGCCUAACGCGGAAGAAGACCUCAGUCCUGGAAAAUUUCUCAUUUUUCCAACGGUAACUUCUACAGUGACAGCUUCGACUACAACCAAAGUCUGCACAACGUCAACUACCACAUCAUCGAAUCAGACAAGCUCAACCAAAGUCAUGGCAUCGACCAUAGCCAGUAUUUGUUCCAAGUUCGUACCGAUUCAAGCUAAUCCGGAAUCGGUGAAAAACCAAACGCCUCAAAAUGCUCCUAUUCCGAAUCAGAAGGCUCGCAGUGCUUCCACGCCAAGCCGUAAGGCCUCCCAUAUCCGCAUACUGAAUUUCCUUACACCAACUAAACAACAAAAUCAACAGGAUCAAGUACCCACACCUGGUUCUGCUCCACCAUCCGUUAAUCACCGAGAUAGCCGAAUACCGCAUCUAUUGGCGGUCAACAGAAUGGAGGCUAUAGAGGAAACAAACACUCCCAAAUUGGAAGAACAAAAUCUCACUCCAAACGUGAAGCUUGAGGGAAAUUGGGAUGCCCUACACGGGAUUGGAACUAUCACUUCCGUUGGUUCGGCCAAAUCCACACUUAACCCGAAUUCGGUAUCAAAUACCCCCCGGGUUGCCAAAGAUCCUCGAAGCUGUGUCCGGGUGCUGUCCCGUUCAGCCAGUGAAGAACCGACAAAAGAACUUCCCAAACUGGGCGAUGAACCACCACCACCUACUCCAAACACUAAAAUCCAACCACCCAAAGUGCCCAAAACACCAGCGGUUCCGAUAAAACAAGAAGACCUGGACGAGUGGCAACGGAUCCGUGCCAUUUCGAAACACAACUUUGACCAACACCUUCGAUUAGAAGAAGAGAAACGACAGCGAGAGAACCGGACCCCUUACAUUAGAAAGAAAAAACAAAAACCGAAACGUAAACCCAAACCUAAACCUACCGGAGAAGAACCGUCGCCAGCAACAGCAAAUGAUUCCGCCGACGUCACAAUUGGUGACAGUUCGCUAACCGAUGUUCACGCAAAAAUGUUGGAAGACGCGCUGGCAUCGGCUAAGAAGAAUCCUGGGUCUGCGAAUAAUUCUCUCACAGAUCUACAUGGGAAAAUGAUAGAAGACGCUUUGGCUUCGAAUAAGAAGAAAACACCCGCUAAAACUCCUGCCAAGACCCCGAACAAACGCAGAUCGUCCAGAGGUCCCUCGGUAGGGGAUGAAUCUAAUAAAAUCUACGUCAAAAUAGCCACCCCGAACAAGAGGACGCCUCGUAAAAUAACGCCGACUGCCAAAGCGAGUCAAUGGCUGCAAACAUGUGCAAAGAAUAGUAAAUCGUCCAAAAAAUCCAACACUUCGAAGAAAAAAGUUUCCGAUAAUAAGAAGCAAGAGCGUAAAACUCGUACGAAGCGGGCUUCGAAAGACGAAGUCGAAUUAACAAGUUCCCCAGCAGAACCGGAGCCAUUGGUUAUCAAACAGGAAGAGGAGGCUGAGCCGGAAAUCGAAAUUGAGCACCCCAUGGUUGAAAUACCUAUGGAGGCAUUGUCGGAAAAAUCAACAACGGUUGAAGUGACACGACCGGAGCCGGUCAAACCGGUUAAGGACCAUCCGAAAGUUCUGGCCAAGAAAUCUAGUGCUGAGUACACUCGAAAGGAGCAAGAGCAACAGCAACUCGAACUUCAACAGCAGCAGCAACAAGAGAAGCAAUCCUUAGAAGACCCAGAGCCAGAGCCCAUGGAUACUUCCGAAACCAGUGAAUACCCUUCCAACAGCGAUCUGCUUUUGGAAACACCUUUCAAAAAUCUGGAUCUUGUGAAUUUUCCCAUUACACCACGGUUUCUGAUUCCCAGCCAACUGCAAAACACUCCGUACGGUAAGAGCGCUUCUAAAGAUGGUCUGGAACUCACGUCCACGCUUAAAAAAGCGUGCGAGAUCCUUACACCUGGCUUUCCCAUAACCCCUGGGCUCGUCAGUACUCCGAAAUCAGUUGACUCAGUCAGUCCGCAUAGUCAAACCGGUGGAGGAUUCACCUCUCGUCGGACCGAUUAUUCAUCCGGUAGUUCUUACUACAAACCGGACGAGUCAGAAGAUCUGGAUCAUAAUCUAGAAGCCAUGGUUCAUGCGGAACGGCGUAGACGGCCUGUUGAAUCGGCUGCGCCUGCUGUUCCUGCUCCCUCCGCUUCUUCACAAGGUGUUGAAAUUUUAGCGGAGCCGAAAGUUGAUGAACCAUCACCGGUUGAGGUGAUUGAAAAAACUUCCGAAGCUGAAAAUAUUCCUGAAGUAGGAACGUCUCCUCCGAAAAAAGAAAUUGUAAUCGAAGACACAACUACUAAGAAAGAUCCUGAACCGGAACCGGAUAAAGCAGUCAAAAAUCCUGCUGACAGUAGUUCGAGCAGCUCGGACUCUUCAAGUAGUUCCGAUUCUUCGUCGGAAAGUUCCAGUAGCGAUAGCUCUCCGGAAAAUUCUCCCAACAAAGAACCGAUUUCUCUAAGCGCUUUCGAAAGGCGCCGUCUUCAACAGCAAGCUGAACUCGAAGCCAAAAAGUUGCGAACAAUCGCCCGGAUGAAAAACUCCAAGCCGCCGGUACCGAAAAAGGUCGAACGAAAAUUCCCUGGCGUUCCCGGUUUCGGAUCCCGUAAGGUGGUCCUGACCCGAAAGGAACCUCUUCAACCGUUGAAGCCACAGCCGGCUCCCCGGACACCCUCAGCCUCGUUUAAGCGCAAAAAUCCCACACCCCGUAAGCUGGUCAAUCUGGAAAGUUCUCUUUCUCACACUGCAGUCUCGCCCAGAAAGCUUUCACCCAGAGGAAAAAUCCCACAACCGUUAGUUCCCGAAUCGAAACGUAGAUCACCUCGAACUGCACAGUCAGUGAAGCCGUCCAAAACGGAAAGCAAUAUAGUAAUGACACCUAGGAAAAACGAACUGAUCGAAGGGACGUACGAAAACGAAAAUCUUACCCGCCUCUGCUACACACCAGAAACCGAAAUCGAACAACAGGAGCAGCGAAGAAUUUUCCCAAUUAGUAAAGGUUCGGAGGAAGAAUCGAAAUCCAAUCAACAACAAGCUACCCCGGAUUCGAACAAAGAAAACCGAUCCCUACAAGAUGAUCCGGCCGCCAGCAGCGACGAGGAAGAGGACGAAGACGAAUGGGAUCAGUGCGAGAUACAGACGUGCUCCCUUACUAGUUCCAAUUUCUAUCAGUUCCAAUUUAACGAGACUGAUAAAAAGGCUGCUUCGACGAUUCAAUGUAGCGCCGGCGCAGAGCCUCUUGUCAUCGGACGACUAAACGUGGUUCUGGAAGAUCGACGAAUCUGUCUACAGGCACAGGAGCCGAUAUACUUGUUUGAGCAAAGCACACAAGCGAUGAAGCCUCCGUCAGAAAUCGACGCCAAAAGUCGCAAACCAGCGAAAUCUUCCCGACCCUCAAAACCACAACCGGCAGCGGCGGCGACCAAAGUCACUGCGGAAAAAGAAUCUCAACCGGUCGCAGCAGUCCAAUCGACGUCACCACCAAGUAGUGUGAUCAAAACACGGCUCAUCGUUUCCAAACCGUUCCAUUCGACGAAAAUGGCCCGUACGACGGCGACGACGACGAUCACAGCUAAUAAAGGAACCAAGGAGCGUCAAACGAUUGAAAGUACUGGAUCCAGCAGUAAAAGUUCGGUAGCACAGAAUAAGACCGUUCUUCGAACGGACAACGGUGUGCCGAAAGACAAAACUGAUGACCAGAAGUUGAGUUCCACAGCAGCUCCCAAGAUGCCCAUCAAGUUGGACAUGAAGAAGAAACAGCAGCAAAUUCAGAACCAGAACUCCGGAACACCUGCUGACAGCAAACUCUCGGAAAGCCAGUCCAAAAAACCAGAGGCACCAUCGCAAGAAUCGGCCAGCAUCGCCGAUUCCUCGCCAAUCAAACAGGACGACGACAUUUUCGCGGCUGUACUCACGCACCUACAUGGCGAUCAGGUUUAGUUAGGCCGGCGCAGGCAAUCCGACGUACAUACCUUAAGCUGAAGACUCACCUGUAUAGUUAGGAGCCUAUUUUUAGUUUUACCAAGUUUUUGGUUCCACCGGAAACGUGUACCUAUAUAGUAGUAUUCUAAAUGUUUUCUAUAACGUUUUCAUGUGUAUCACUAGAACCAAAAGUGAAGGUAAUAUCUGUUUUCAAGAUAUUCGAACCACUUUACCGCUCAGUUGUGUAAAAAGAUUGACGAUAAUAUGUAUAGAGAACAUUAUCAUUAUUGUUAAAAGUAAAUAAUGACUUAUUUUCAAUAGAGAUCAAUAGUUAAGUGUGUAAUUCGAGAAAAUUUGUUUUUUUUAAUAUAAAAAACGGUUCUAUCUUUGAUUAAGUUUGAUAAAUAGUAUCAAGUAUCAACGCUCUCGUUUCUCUGAUCCAUUAAGUGCGUCAAUAAACU